AUGCCGAAACUGUAUCAGUCUAUCACUGUUCUGAACAAAUCAACUCUUCACAAAAUGGCUUUCAAGGUGAUAGUAUUCGCCUCCAUCCUCGCUUACGCCAACGCCGGAUUCCUCGGUGAAGCCUAUUCUGCAGGCCCAGUAGCAGCCUAUUCUGCAGGUCCAGUAGCAGCCUACUCCGCAGGUCCAGUAGCAGCCUACUCCGCAGGUCCAGUAGCCUAUUCAUCCGGUCCAGUCAUAUCAGCCUAUUCCUCACCUGUAGUAGCCAAAACCAUCAACACUUACGCCAAUCAUGGAUCUCCAUACAUCUCUUCCUAUGCUGCUCCAGCUCCAGUAAUCACCAAAGGCAUUGCUCCAGUUGUUUCAAGCUACUCUGCACAUUCUGCUCCAGUUGUGUCUAGCUACGCUGCUCACUCUCCAGUUGUGUCCAGCUACGCUGCUCACUCUCCAGUUGUAUCCAGCUAUGCUGCUCAUUCUCCAGUCGUAUCAGCUUACUCGUCUAACCUUGUGACCAAGUCAUUUGGUUCCCCCUUGUCCUAUUCAUCUCCUUUGUAUGCAGCUCAUUCUGCUCCAGUUGUUUCCAGCUACUCUGCACAUUCUGCUCCAGUUGUGUCCAGCUACGCUGCUCACUCUCCAGUUGUAUCCAGCUAUGCUGCUCAUUCUCCAGUUGUAUCCAGCUAUGCUGCGCACUCUCCAGUUGUUUCCAGCUAUGCUGCUCACUCUCCAGUAGUAUCUGCAUACUCUGCUGCUCCCUUCGCUCAACCUUGGUAAAAUUAUAA